AUGUGGGUGGACAAAACAACCAAAGGACAGGGCUCCUCAUUACCAUCUCCUUCGAGCUCUCUUCCCUUGAUACUUGGAGCUGAUUUAUGCGAAAACAUGCCUUGCACUUGUACCUGGAGGAACUGGAGACAGUGAAUUCGACCUUUAGCGGUGGUCAUCUACCUGGUGUCCAUAGUGGUUGCGGUUCCCCUGUGCAUGUGGGAGUUACAGAAACUGGAGGUUGGAAUACACACCAAGGCUUGGUUUAUUGCUGGAAUGUUUUUGCUGUUGACUAUACCUAUCUCACUUUGGGUGAUAUUGCAACAUUUAGUGCAUUAUACACAACCUGAACUACAGAAACCAAUAAUAAGGAUUCUUUGGAUGGUACCCAUCUACAGUUUAGAUAGUUGGAUAGCUUUGAAAUACCCCAGCAUUGCAGUAUAUGUGGAUACCUGCAGAGAAUGUUACGAAGCUUACGUCAUUUACAACUUUAUGGGAUUCCUUACCAAUUAUCUAACUAACCGGUAUCCAAAUCUGGUAUUAAUCCUUGAAGCCAAAGAUCAGCAGAAACAUUUCCCUCCUUUGUGUUGCUGUCCACCAUAGACAAUGGGAGAAGUAUUGCUGUUUAGAUGCAAACUGGGUGUAUUACAAUAUACAGUUGUCAGACCAUUCACCACCAUCGUUGCUUUAAUCUGUGAGCUGCUUGAUAUAUAUGAUGAAGGGAACUUUAGCUUUUCAAAUGCUUGGACUUACUUGGUUAUAAUAAACAAUAUGUCACAGUUGUUUGCCAUGUAUCGUCUCCUCCUGUUUUAUAAAGUACUGAAGGAAGAACUGAGUCCAAUUCAACCUGUGGGCAAAUUUCUUUGUGUAAAGCUGGUGGUUUUUGUUUCUUUUUGGCAAGCAGUAGUUAUUGCUUUGUUGGUAAAAGUUGGCGUUAUUUCUGAAAAGCAUACAUGGGAAUGGCAAAUGGUAGAAGCUGUGGCCACAGGACUCCAGGACUUUAUUAUCUGUAUUGAGAUGUUCCUUGCUGCUAUCACUCAUCACUACAUUUUCUCAUGUAAACCAAACGUCCAAGAAGCAGAAGAGGGCUCAUGCUUUGAUUCCUUUCUUGCCAUGUGGGAUGUUUCAGGCAUUAGGGAUGACAUUUCUGAGCAAGUAAGGCAUGUUGGAAGGACAGUCAUGGGACAUCCUAGGAAAAGGUUCUUUCCUGAGGAUCAAGACCAGAAUGAACAUGCGAGCUUGCUGUCCUCAUCAUCACAGGAUGCAAUUUCCGUUGCCUCUUCUGUGCCACCUUCACCCAUGGGCCACUAUCAAGGGUUUGGACACACUGUGACUCCCCAGACUACACCUACUACAGCUGACAUAUCUGACAAUAUAUGUAAUGAUACUACAGGAGAGAAAAAAGAAACUUUAGAUAAGUCCGUGGCCUCCUGAACAGU